AGUCAGUGAGGGAGGUUCGGGCUCGUAGUGCCCUAUGGGCGAUAUAACGCCUGUUGAAUUUUGGUCCCGCCAAUCGAGUCUUUUGGCCCUUUGCCAUGAUCGCGAUAUCGAGGCUCUACUUCUUGUGAGACUAUAUUGUACAGUAUCACAUACUUGAAAUAUAAUAUGAUGUCUAAUAUUCUGUUUUUUUUUUUUGUGUGUGUGUGUGUGAUAUUUGGGACCAAUUCAACUUUAGGGCCACGGCGGUAAAACAACGGGUAAAUGAAAAUACCCGAUAAAAAAACCAACCCGUUCCCGGUAGAUACAAAACAUCGGGUAAAAACCCGAUAAUAAAUAUCGGGUAAAUUACCCGAUAACUAAUGCAUCAGGUAAAUACCCGAUAAAGUCUUAAUUUCCAUUUGUGCUGUUUUAGAAUUAAUGUCUGUGUGCUUACCACUUGUAGCCGUCGGAACGGUCUGGACACUCUGUUAGUCUCAUUGGGAUAGGCGGGUCGUGAUGAGCGCACGACGUUUCUCUAGCAAGGAGUCUCUCCGUUUGUAGCCACGAUGUUGCAUCUAAAGGUGAAUUAAAGACGUUUCUUCUUAACGUUUCACUAGUAGGAUCCAUCAGGAAUGGCAUUAAUGUAGCUCAGAAUGUAAGUCUUGCCAUCAAAUACGCAGCAGGAAAUAAAAAAAUGAACCUUGCACAGCGGCUGGAUGACUUGGCCUUCCAAAAGGCCCAGGAGGAGGCUGACGAGGUCUGUGAUGAUGAUGAGCAGUUGAACUGGCCGCCAAGAAGAGCCCAAAACACUGUGUCUUCUGCAAGAAGAGGCAGCUCUCGACAACGUGAAGUCGACAACGAUGAAGAUCAGAUGGAGGUAGCACACGAGGAUUCAGAUGACGAACGAGAUAUGACAGGGAGAAGACGGGGUUCAGAGCAAGAUGAAGUCAUCAAGCCUAAUCCCCUGUUGAGGCGUUCCCUUCCUAAACCGGACCACCCCACCCCCCUCCUAUAGCUCGUGUGCAAGCCAGGGCCGACCCAACCCCUUCAAGGUCCUCAGCCCCAGCAAGCGUAGCAUGGGCGCAUGCGGGAAAAGCUUCUUCCAGAGCGUGGAAGACGAAAAGAAGACAGCCUUAGCUACUAAGGCAGCCAAAAUAUCGCCAAAAUCCAACUCCAAGGCGAGGAAAUCGAAGCAAAUGACUCUCCAAUCGAAAGUCGACAACCAAAUUAAAGCAGACAGGCCUGAUGAGAAAGCUGACCGACAAACCAAGAAGGAAAAUGGCUUCAGUCUGCGGCUGGAGGAAAAUCGUGAUCAGAUCGAGGAAGAGAAUCCGGAUAUCCCGGACGAAGACGUCGUCAAGAUUGCCAUGAAAACGUGGAAAGGUCUCGACAGCGUGGAAAAGAAGGUGUGGAAUGAGAAGGCGAAAGGGAAUGCAGGAGAGACGGAAGAAAAGAAACGCAAGCGAGAGAAUGACGAAAAUGACGCAGAAUAUUCACAAAGCUCCGAGCAUGAUAGCAUGUCGAAAAAAAUCAAAUCAGGAGGAACUGUUCGGUCAUCUCGAGAUCUGUCUAGUUUCGCCUACUCAAAAAAUUGAUAUCUUGUCUGAAAAGUGGCGUUACAAUUGUAAACGUUAUAACCCCUUGGUAUGGCUAAGGGUGAGGUAUUAGAAAAACAACUCCCGAAAA